AUGAUAUGUAUUAAGUCAGGUUUUACAUUUAAUGAAGCAGAUGUAUAUUCGAAUGAAAACUUCAAAGCUAUUGCAUGGUUAGAUAAUGACGAUUGCUUUAAGAAAAUAUUUAAAUACAGUGACUCAACGAUGUCAAUAGAUGACCUUCGUGGAAUGUUACCAUCGACGUUUACAGUAGAAGGUUCAGCAGGAUUGCUUACAAGAUUGUCAAUUGGUGGCAUUUGGUCUCGUGAGAACAUUGUUAUAAAAUCCAGUAUAAGUGAAUUUGCUGAAGAAUCUAUAUUAUGUCUUUCAAACUAUAUGUAUUCGCCGCCGAAGCAUUAUAGUAUAACAAACUUUGUCAGUAAGUUUAACAUAAGACUUGUCGAACCUUCUUCAAUGAAAGAUGUUGUGCUACCUAAAGAUGGAAAGGAUGGACUCAUUAUUGAAAUGAUUUUAAUUGCAUAUUAA